CUGUUUGCCGCUUUUUUUACUGCAGUUUGCUUUUCGUCAACUGGUGCGGCGUGGGCUGUGGGCUGUAGUGUGUGCUUUGCGUGUAGCGUACAAAGGAUAAAAUGACGAAAGGCGAAGAAAAUGUUCCUCUCGGUCCUGAUGGCCAGCCACUGUCGAAGAAGGCGCUGAAAAAGCAAGCCAAGGAGCAGGAAAAAGCUGCCAAGAAGUCGGCGAAGCAAGCAUCAGAAAAUGCAAAUAAGCAGUCCGGAGACGCGGAAGAUGACUAUUCGGAGGGUCGUUACGGCAAGCUGCCAAUGCUGCAGUCCACGGAGAAGACAUCACGUCAGUUGUCACGAGUUAAAGACCUUGCGUCUCCUUUGUCUGGCCAGUACGUGUGGGUACGGGGACGGCUUCAUACGAGCAGAUCUAAAGGCAAACAGUGCUUUUUUGUGCUGCGGCAACAGCAGUACACUGUCCAGUGCCUUGUGGCUGUGUCAGAAAAAGUGAGCAAAGCCAUGGUCAAGUUCUGUGCUGUAGUCAACAAAGAGUCAAUAGUGGAUGUACAUGGACGUGUGCAAACAUCUCCGCAGAAAAUUGAAGGCUGCACACAACAGGACGUUGAGCUCCAUGUUGAAGAGUUCUUUGUUGUCAGUUCUGCUGAACCGCGCCUGCCUCUCCAAGUAGAGGAUGCUGCAAGACCCGAUACUGAGGAGGACCCAGAAGGCCUGAACAUCAGAGUAAACCAGGACACUCGUCUGGACAAUCGCGUCCUUGACCUGAGAACACCGGCGAACCAGGCGAUAUACAGGCUGCAAGCUGGGGUCUGUGCCCUCUUUAGAGAGUCCCUGACCAGCCGUGGCUUCGUGGAGAUACACACACCUAAGAUUAUUUCAGCUGCAAGCGAAGGAGGUGCCAACGUCUUUGAAGUCUCGUACUUCAAGGGGAGUGCUUACUUGGCACAGUCUCCACAGCUGUACAAGCAAAUGGCAAUUGCAGCCGAUUUUGACAAGGUCUACACUGUUGGAGCAGUGUUUAGGGCAGAAGACUCUAACACUCACCGCCACCUCUGUGAGUUCGUGGGUUUGGAUUUGGAAAUGGCCUUCAACUACCACUACCAUGAAGUGCUGGACAUCAUAGGGCAAAUGUUUGUCGACAUCUUUAAGGGCCUUCGCGAUAGGUUUGCCGACGAAAUCGCUGCAGUGAACCGGCAGUUUCCGGCUCCUCCAUUCAAGUUUCUAGAACCUAGCCUGAGGCUGGAAUUUCCUGAGGCUGUUGCGAUGCUUCGUGAAGCUGGAGUUGAAAUCGAUGAUGAAGAUGACUUGAGCACUCCAAAUGAGAAGCUUCUAGGACGGCUGGUCAAGGCAAAGUAUGACACUGAUUUCUACAUCCUGGACAAAUAUCCGCUCAAAGUGAGGCCAUUCUACACCAUGCCUGACCCUCAUGAGCCGAAAGUGUCUAACUCCUAUGACAUGUUCAUGCGUGGGGAAGAGAUUCUUUCUGGAGCCCAGCGAAUUCAUGAUCCAGACUUCCUAACGGAAAGAGCCAAAGAGCAUGGAGUCGAUAUCAGCAAAAUCAAGGCCUACAUAGACUCCUUCCGGUAUGGCGCACCUCCACAUGCAGGCGGUGGAAUAGGCCUGGAACGAGUUACAAUGCUGUACUUGGGUCUGGACAACAUUAGGAAAACAUCAAUGUUUCCGCGUGACCCAAAGAGGCUGACGCCGUGAAAGUGGAAGCAUUGCUCAAAAGGGCCUCAAUUAAAGCCCACCUCACAGUUUCAUGU